CCUUACAUGGGUACCUGCCGGAGGUGAUGGGCAACGGCCUGGCCAGCCAGAUCAACAACCCCGAGGUGGACGUGGACAUCACCAAGCCAGACAUGAGCGUCCGGCAGCAGAUCAUGCAGCUGAAGAUCACCACCAGCCGACUGCUCACCGCCCUUAGUGGACAGGACGUGGACUUCCAGGACAACAGUGAUGACAUCAGCGGCUCAGGAAGUGGCCUGUGUUUAGGCCAGGCCUGUGUCCACUCUCGGGUGCUGGUCUCCAGGGGCAACCGGCCCAGGUACUACGCCCCUGAGAACAAGAGAGUGAAAGGAACAGCCAAUCAGGGCCUUCCGUGUCACGGCCUCCUCUUGCUCUCAUUGGCCAGCGUGGCGCUGCUCAGGCGGUAAUGGGCAGGCCAGUGGAGGGCCAGGACUCUUUUUUUAGUUUCCAUGUCAACGAGGGUUUUUUA